UAUUUUCAGUUUGUGUUUGGGUGCAGUUUUGGCUAAUUGGUCUUACGUUGUUGCUACAGAUUGAUCAAGUUAAUGUAAAGAAAAAAGAGGAGGUAUCACAGACUUUAAUCCCAGAGACAGCAGCAGUGACAACAAGUUCUACAGACUUUCCAUUGCCAAUGCCGAAUAUCAGAAUGUUACUACGGAGAUAAGCAUCACAGAGAAAAUUAAAAAAUUAGUUUGACUGUGAUAUAGAACUGACUAACUCCAUGAUCUAAAAUAAAAGUGUUGCAUUGUAAGGAACUGAGUGACUGGAAAUAACGUGCCAAAAUCAUGGCUUCAUUCAUUGCUAAGCAGAUGGUAGGAAACCAGUUGAAGUCUGUAAAAGACAAGUUUGCAGGUGCUAUGGGUGGUGAUGAUGAGAAAAAAGAUGAAGGUGGAGCUGAUGACGGGGAAGAUCCUGAGGUUGCUGAAGCACGAAGAGAAGCUGAGGAAAAACGAAAAGAAAAACACAGAAAAAUGGAAGAGGAGCGAGAAGAGUUAAGACAGUCUAUACGAGAUAAGUAUGGUUUGAAAAAGAAGGUACCAGAAGAAGAAGGGAUGAUGCAGCCACCAGAGGAGGCUGGACGUAUUGGACGCAAGAAGAAAACACCCGCCGAGCUCGCAGCAGAAGCUAAUGCUGACAGCGAUGAUGAAGAUUUUGCAAAGCUGCCUGGCAAUUUAGGCGAGAUAACUAGCAAAGUUACAGAGCUACCGUCUAAGUUGGCCCAGGGUGUGAGUGAUAAAUGUCUUCUGCAGUAGACACAUUCACCCCUGCCCCCAACGUGGCGGCAACCAUUCCAUCCUGAGGUUCCUAAUCAAAACAUGCAACUUUCUUGAAGUCUGUUCAAUAAAUGCGCUCAGGAAAGGGGAAAAAAAAAGACUUACAAUUAUGUACAUUGUUACAUACAGAGUUAUGCAAUUAAUUUGACUUACUAAGGUUCAAGUAUUAAGAGUGACUUUUAGUGCAGCAGUAUGUGUUAGUUUUUUCACUACAGAAUUCUCUGUAAAUAGAAAUAGUAACAAAAAGCUUUAUACCACCCUCUGCUGACCAUAGAUUACACAACUUUCCCUCAGAUAUCCUCUGAUUUCUCUUCUAAUGCAUUUCUAGUAAUUGCAGGAAUUGCCUAUUUAAACCUUAAUAGACCGCAAACAUUGGUCUGCUAAUAUGUUUUUGUAAGAAAAAAAGGCUUAGUCCAUUUAUUUUAGGAUUAUUUGUUGAAAUUAAGUGUAGUAGCAAUAUAUCAGGAAAUUCUAGAUAACUGUUGUGCAUUUUGUUGUCAUGGUAACCAUAAUGGAAUUAAAUGAUUUUGUUUGAUUAACUCAAAACAUUGUCAUCAACUUGUCUCCUGCCAUUUUCCUAAUUCACUUUGGAAGUAACCAUUAUUAUGUUAUAUAAAACAUUGUUUGAUCUCCUGAGCACAUUGUGGACAAUGUGACAAAACUUAACUUUCAGUUACCGUGGUAUACAUUUGAAAAUAUGUUUGAUGUAUGCUAAACAGCUUACCGAGAAAGCUCUUAUUUGAUAUUGAUUAGUGGUAAUACAUAGUACAGUUAUUGAAAAUUUUCAAUUUUUCUUUUAUCAAAAAACUGAUAUUUCUUUUUUAGCUUGCGUGAUUUUUGAAAAAAAAUCCACAAGGUAUUGUCAUCACUUGAUCGUCGGCAUCGGCAUUAGUUAAAAUUUUUGUUUAGGUCCACCUUCUCUCAGACACUACAAGAACUACAGCUUUGAAACUUUGCAUCAUUAGGGCACUAUGUAGGCCAAGAACUAUAACUCUGAUAUACAUUUUGAUAAAUUUUGGCCCUUACUGUACUUAGAAAAUUUGAGUGUUUUGGUUAAAUUUUUUGUUUAGGUCCACAUUUUCUCAAAAACUAUAAAAGCUACAGCUUUGAAACUUUGCACACUUGUUUAUCAUCAUUAGGGGACUAUGUAGGCCAAGACCCAUAACUCUAACCUGCACUUUGUCCGAAUUAUGGCCCUUUUUGUACUUAGAAAAAAAUCUGAAUUAUAACUCUUUUUUUACAUAUUGUCCAGACUUCGAUGUCCAUUAAUUUUUACUUGAGUUAUGCCCCUUUUUGUGGACUUAACAAUAUUACAACUAUAUCAAACCAUAUGUACUAAAUUUCUUCUACAGUUCCCAUCCAGUUGAAGUAAAACUUGGUCUACAUCAGCAAUUUCAUAUCUGAUUACAUUUUUGAGUAAACCCUUUUCUAUACACCCCUGAAACAGGAUUUAUUAUGUGACUAUCUGAAGGAGCAUGUAGGCAUCGUCCACUACUUGUCUGCUCUCUAAACUUGAGCAGGCCUUGUCCAAUUUUUAACUCACCUGUCACAAAGUGACAAGGUGAUCUAUUGUGACCGCUUGAUGUCCGUUGUGCGUUGUCCGUCAACAAUUUCUAAAAAAAUCUUCUUCUUGAAAACCACUGGGCAGAAUUACACCAAACUUCACAGGAAUGAUCCUUGGGUGGCCCCCUUUCAAAUUGUUCGAAGAAUUGAAUUCCAUGCAGAACUCUGGUUGCCAUGGCAACCGAAAGGAAAAACUUUAAAAACCUUCUUGUACAAAACCACAGGGCCUAGGGCUUUGAUAUCUGGUGUGUAGCAUCAUCUAGUGGUCCUCUACCAAAGUUGUUCAAAUUAUUCCCCUAGGGUCAAAUAUUGCCCCGUCCCGGGGGUCACAUGGUUUAUAUAGACUUAUAUAGGGAAAACUUUGAAAAUCUUCUUAUACAAAACCACAUGGCCUAGGGCUUUGAUAUUUGGUAUGUAGCAUCAUCUAGUGGUCCUCUAACAAGAUUGUUCAAAUUAUCCCUCUAGGGUCAAAUAUGGCAUGAUGCAUUGAUUUAAACAUAUUUUAUUUUGCAAUAUUGCAUGAUGCAUUGUCUAGUACUAGUAGUCCUCUACCAAAAUUGUUCAAAUUAUGCCCCUGGGGUCACUUGGUUAUUAUGUGAGUUAUAUAGGAAAAAUACGUAAAAAAUCAUCUGAUCCUAUUUCCAAGACUGUUUAAUUAUAAUUACCUGAUGACCCCAAGUAAUAUGAUGUCACUUGACUGUGACCUUGACCUACUGACCUACUUUCUUGUUUUUUAAGAUACAGCCUUGAAAUUUUGAUGACAUACACAGUUAAAUUUGCACACAAAUCGUAAAACUGAAUUUCAUUGACCAUGAAUGUGACCUACUGACUCUUAAUAUUUUAUCAUCAGUUUGACAUUUGAAACAUGUAGCUCAUAUUACUCAGGUGAGCGAUCCAGGGUCAUCAUGACCCUUUUAUUAACCAUACUUAAAAUUAUGAAAAUUGACAUUGUCUGCUCUCUUAACUUGAGCAGUUCAUAUUCAUUGUUCACUAAACUUAGUCCAUAAUAUCUCGGCCAAGUUAAAUGUACUUUUCCUGUUAUGAAACGCAAUUUUAAAAAAUCGGGAUAUCUGUUUUUGGUUAUUUUUUAAUUGGUGAACCGUUAAAUCAUCAGAAUGGUUAAUUAUUUUACCAAACAUAAUUCUGUGUUUACCUCAACACCGGUAAUCUGACCUUGUUAUUAUUUCAGGUGUCCACUUUUGUUAUUGCAGACAAUAUUUUCAAAUCAGGAAAGAACAGUGUUGUAGGACAAUUACCCACAAGAACAUUGUGCUCUCCAAUGAAAGAAAUGGACUGCUGGACAUUAUCUGCCAGUUUAAAUGUCCUCUCUACCAUUUCAACUGAGGGGAA